CCCGCCAGUUCCACCUACACGCGAACCCACUUCGGCGGUCCAGAGUGCCUUCUCGCCGCGCCCCGGGCCCGCACAGCCCCCCGCUCCCCCUCUCAUAGCCGCCCCUGCACAUCUUGCACCCCACAGUGUCACCCACGCCUACGCCCUCGCGGCCCCACUGAAGCCCCACAAGGGGUCUCGCGGUACAGGGGGCCAGGCUAGCCUAUGGGAGCGCCGAAAUAACACAGGUUGGGGGCGUCCGCGCCCCCAAUCCCCGCCAGCAUGGCUCAGCCACUGCCUCCCCGAGAACUGCCACCUGGCUACACACCCCCGGCUCGACCCGCAACACCUCAGAUCCUAGCUGGGAGCCUGAAGGCUCCACUCUGGCUUCGUGCUCACUUCCAGGGCCUGCUCUUCUCUCUGGGCUGUGGGAUCCAGAAACACUGUGGCAAAGUGCUCUUCCUAGGAUUGUUGGCCUUUGGGGCCCUGGCACUGGGUCUCCGCGUGGCCGUUAUUGAGACAGACCUAGAACAGCUCUGGGUGGAAGUGGGAAGCCGGGUGAGCCAAGAGUUGCAUUAUACCAAGGAGAAGCUGGGAGAGGAGGCGGCGUAUACCUCCCAGAUGUUGAUUCAGACUCCACGCCAGGAGGGGGAGAACAUCCUCACGCCUGAGGCGCUUGGCCUCCACCUCCAGGCAGCCCUCACUGCCAGUAAAGUUCAAGUAUCACUCUAUGGAAAGUCCUGGGAUCUGAACAAAAUCUGCUACAAAUCGGGAGUUCCCCUCAUUGAAAAUGGAAUGAUUGAGCGGAUGAUUGAGAAGCUGUUUCCGUGUGUGAUCCUCACCCCGCUCGACUGCUUCUGGGAGGGAGCCAAACUCCAAGGGGGCUCUGCCUACUUGCCGGGCCGCCCUGAUAUCCAGUGGACCAACUUGGACCCAGAGCAACUGUUGGAGGAACUGGGUCCCUUUGCCUCCCUCGAGGGCUUCCGACAACUGCUAGACAAGGCACAGGUGGGCCAAGCCUAUGUUGGGCGGCCCUGUCUGGACCCUAAAGACCUCCACUGCCCACCUAGUGCCCCCAACCAUCACAACAGGCAGGCUCCCAAUGUGGCUCAGGAGCUCAGUGGGGGCUGCCACGGCUUCUCCCACAAAUUCAUGCAUUGGCAGGAGGAAUUGCUGCUGGGAGGCAUGGUCAGAGACGCCCAAGGACAGCUGCUGAGGGCAGAGGCUCUGCAGAGCACCUUCCUGCUGAUGAGCCCCCGCCAGCUGUUUGAACACUUCCGGGGCGACUAUCAGACACAUGACAUUGGCUGGAGUGAGGAACAGGCCAGCACUGUGCUGCAAACCUGGCAACGGCGCUUUGUGCAGCUGGCCCAGGAGGCCCUGCCUGAGAAUGCAUCUCAACAGAUCCAUGCCUUCUCCCCUACCACCCUGGAUGAUAUCCUGCACGCAUUCUCCGAAGUCAGCACAGCCCGUGUGGUGGGAGGCUAUCUGCUGAUGCUGGCGUAUGCCUGCGUAACCAUGCUACGGUGGGACUGUGCCCAGUCCCAGGGUGCCGUGGGCCUUGCUGGGGUAUUGCUGGUGGCUCUAGCAGUGGCCUCUGGCCUCGGGCUCUGCUCCCUGCUUGGCAUCACCUUCAAUGCUGCCACUACUCAGGUGCUACCCUUCUUGGCACUGGGCAUUGGUGUGGAUGACGUUUUCCUGCUUGCUCAUGCCUUCACAGAGGCUCCUUCUGGUACCCCUCUCCAGGAGCGCAUGGGUGAGUGUCUGCAGCGCACAGGCACCAGUGUUGCCCUCACGUCCAUCAACAACAUGGUUGCUUUCUUCAUGGCUGCCCUAGUUCCCAUCCCCGCACUGCGAGCCUUCUCCCUGCAGGCUGCCAUAGUAGUGGGCUGCAACUUCGCAGCCGUGAUGCUUGUCUUCCCAGCUGUCCUCAGCCUGGACCUGCAUCGGCGCCACUGCCAGCGCCUUGAUGUGCUCUGCUGCUUCUCUAGCCCCUGUUCUGCUCGAGUAAUUCAGAUUCUGCCCCAGGAGCUGGGAGAUAGGACAGUGCCAGUGGGCAUUGCCCACCUGACCACCACGGUACAAGCUUUCACCCACUGUGAAGCCAGCAGCCAGCAUGUGGUCACCAUCCUGCCUCCUCAAGCCCAGCUGGUACCCCCACCUUCUGACCCACUGAGCUCUGAGCUCUUCAGCCCCGUGGGGUCCACACGGGACCUUCUAGGCCAAGAGGAGGGAAUUGGGCCAAAGGCAGCCCGCAAGUCCCUCCCUUGUGCCCGCUGGAAUCUUGCCCAUUUCGCCCGCUAUCAGUUUGCACCUCUGCUGCUCCAGUCACAUGCCAAGGCCAUAGUGCUGAUGUUCUUUGGGGCUCUUCUGGGCCUGAGCCUCUAUGGAGCCACCUUGGUGCAGGACGGGCUGGCCCUGACAGACGUGGUGCCUCGGGGCACCAAGGAACAUGCCUUCCUGAGCGCCCAGCUCAGGUACUUCUCCCUGUAUGAGGUGGCCCUGGUGACCCAGGGUGGCUUUGACUACGCUCACUCCCAACGUGCCCUCUUUGAUCUGCACCAGCGCUUCAGUUCCCUCAAGGCUGUGCUGCCCCCGCCUGCCACCCAGGCACCCCGCACCUGGCUGCACUAUUACCGCAACUGGCUACAGGGAAUCCAGGCUGCAUUUGACCAGGACUGGGCUUCCGGGCGCAUUACCUACCAUUCAUACCGCAAUGGCUCUGAGGAUGGGGCCCUGGCCUACAAGCUGCUCAUCCAGACUGGGAAUGCCCAGGAGCCUCUGGAUUUCAGCCAGCUGACCACAAGAAGGCUGGUGGACAAGGACGGACUGAUUCCACCGGAGCUUUUCUACAUGGGGUUAACUGUGUGGGUGAGCAGUGACCCCCUGGGUCUGGCAGCCUCACAGGCCAACUUCUACCCCCCACCUCCUGAAUGGCUACAUGACAAAUAUGACACCACUGGGGAGAACCUUCGCAUCCCAGCAGCCCAGCCCCUGGAGUUUGCCCAGUUCCCAUUCCUACUGCGUGGCCUCCAGAAGACUGCAGACUUUGUAGAGGCCAUCAAGGGGGCCCGGGCAGCAUGCACUGAGGCAGGCCAGGCAGGGGUACGUGCCUACCCCAGCGGCUCCCCUUUCCUCUUCUGGGAGCAGUACCUGGGCCUGCGGCGCUGCUUCCUGCUGGCUGUCUGUAUCCUGCUGGUGUGCACCUUCCUGGUCUGUGCCCUGCUGCUAUUCAACCCCUGGACAGCUGGCCUCAUAGUGCUGGUCCUGGCGAUGAUGACUGUGGAACUCUUUGGUAUCAUGGGUUUCCUGGGCAUCAAGCUGAGUGCCAUCCCCGUGGUGAUCCUCGUGGCCUCUAUAGGAAUUGGUGUCGAGUUCACAGUCCACGUGGCUCUGGGUUUCCUGACCGCCCAGGGUAGCCGGAACCUGCGGGCUGCCCGUGCCCUUGAGCACACAUUUGCCCCUGUGACUGAUGGGGCUGUCUCCACUUUGCUGGGCUUGCUCAUGCUUGCUGGUUCCAACUUUGACUUCAUCAUAAGGUACUUCUUCGUGGUGCUGACAGUGCUCACACUUUUGGGCCUCCUCCAUGGGCUCGUGCUGCUGCCUGUGCUGCUGUCCAUCCUAGGACCCCCACCAGAGGUGGUGCAGAUGUACAAGGAGAGCCCACAGGUCCUGAGCCCUACAACUCCAAGGGGAGGCACGCUCAGAUGGGGGAUGACCCCCACCCUACCACAGAGCUUUGCCAGAGUGACUACCUCCAUGACCGUGGCCUUGCACUCACCCCCACUACCUGGCGCCUAUAUCCACCCAGCCUCUGCUGAGCCCACAUGGUCUCCUGCUGCCACCCCAGCUGCCAACAGCUCUGCUACUGAGUGAAGAAGGAGCUGAAGGACAAAGACCCUGCUUGGGCCACAUGAAGUCACUGGGAAGCAACGGCUGGGGUAUUGAAUGCAGCUAAAAUGCAUUCAAUACCCUGGAGGGCCCGGCCACUGCUGUCUGCACCCCGCCUCUGGAUCAGCCAUCACAGACCUCCCUGGUAUCCACAUAGAAUGACCACCCCUGACAGCAGCCCAGCAACCAGUGCUCUUCUGUACCCAUGGCUGCCACGUGGGAAGGAAAGCCAGCAUUUUCGGCUGCAGUGCAGCCCUGUCCCCCUCCUGCACACUGCUGCCCACCCACUAGACCAAGCCUGAGGGAUCCUCAAGCACACUUUGCUAGUCGUGCCUCACUGCUUGUUGACUCCUGGGUAGGCUCCUCUGCAUUCCUGCACACCUCCUACCACAUAAAUUAUUUAUAUGAAGAUUUUUAUUUUUUUAGUAUAUAUAG